AUGUAGCGUUUUUAUUUCUGUGAGCGUUGCUAUGUCAUGCUCUAGUGCUAAAACUACAAUACCUAUCCCAUUUUUAUUGACCGAAUCAUAAAUUAUUACAAUGUUUAGACGAACCAAAUAGGUACCUAUAGUUGUGGAUCGUGAUUUAUUUGGAAUAAUAGGACGCAAAAAAAGAUAUUACUCUUGUUAUUAUGCUGGUAAUAUUGUUAAAAUUAUUUUUGAUUGUCAUAGUGUGCGUUGGAAUCUUGACACUAUUCUUAUUGAAAGCGGAUCCCGCGGAACGUGAAUAUGACGGGGGCAUCGAUACGGGGUCUAACACUCUCAGUUCGCGUUGGUCGAGACUGCAGUUGUAUAAGAACGAGGAUGACGCGGCGAAUAAUGUGCAAACAGUGAAAGUGUCUAAAGACACAAUUUAUGCCAUGAUGCAAAGGGGUGUCAUCGUCUUAAACGCAAAGGAAGUCAAAAUGGACGACGAAGGCAACGCGAUCGACGACAGCGAUGACGACCGGUGGGCCCGUGAGUGUAUGGAACGCAUAUGCGCCGAGCUGGACUCGUACCAUCCGAACGUAAUAUCAGUAAUCCUGAUGAUUAACGAAUAUUUCGAUACUCUAGAAAAGAUGAUGGACCAAUACGAAGAGCAACUAAGCUGUUACAAUAAUACUUUGGCUCUGCUUACCGAAAAUCGUUUGAAUAUUGAAAAAGAUAUAAAAAAAAAAGCUGACCAAUGCAAGCAGCCAGGCGACGACGAGAAGGUUAUAGUUGUGACAAACGACGAAAGCAGUCGCCACUGGAAACCACUUCCAGUGCCCAUUAAACACACAAUUGUCAUGGCCAGCCGGACCGAUGACGACUUUUUAACAAUAUUCGAACAAUUCAAAAAAGCGCAAGAGGAACAUCAUAAACAAUGAUCAUUUUAAAAAUGUUUAUAAAAUAUACACGCCCAAAAUGUAAAUGAUUGAAAUAGAUUUUAAUACUACAUUGA